AAAAGUGUCAUUUACACCACCUCAGCUGUUCUUCUACUGGUUUUCUCGUUGUAUGGAAAUUCAGUAGAAAGCAAACCGACAAUUCCAACCUUGCUAAUUCGUCAUGACAUAAACCCUACGGAACAAAGCAUCUCUGAAGGCUCUGCUGAGGAGAAGUCUGGCUUGCUCGUUAUUGCCCCAGAAGAAAAAGAUGACAUGGCAGUUAGUGACAAUAGAGACGAGAAUGCUUUGCACUCAGACGGAGCAAGCAGACCGCUAGGACGAAGAGCAACAUCUAAACGCCAGAAUAAGGCAAUCCGAUUCAAGAGGAACACCACACCGAACCCAUGUGUAGAGAGAUACCAGCUCAAAUUGAUAGAUCGCGAAACAGUUGUGCCCACCGUGAUAUGUGCAGAGGGUUGUAAAGAAAUUAAAAGAGUGUAUUUCUUUAAGGAUAGGGAUGAUCCACUAACAUUUGCAGUAGACUGUCAAUGGCCUGCCGAAGGAGCACGGCGGUGA